CUACACUAACAAACAGACUCUAGGUUGUUCCUAGACACGCCAUUUGCAUUCUUCUCUCUCUUCAGCUACUAACCAACGAAUCUCUCUCUCUCUCUAAAACAAUGGCUCAGGAAGACGUCGCUGCUGCUGCUGCUGCUAACGGUGCUACCACGGCGGUGGAGAAGUCCGUUACGUUCACGGCGUACAAGCCUCAGCUGAUUGUGGAAGCACAGAAGGUCGGUGACGCUGUUGCGUUCUACAAGGCCGUGUUUGGCGCCGUGGAGACUGGACGCUCUCUCUACCCCAAGCGUAAGGCUGACCAAGAGCUCCCUCACCUCGUCUCUUCCGAGCUCGAGCUCGCCGGAACAACCGUAGUCGUUUCUGACGUAUCCGUUAACUCUGGCUCUGAUGCGAAGACGGGGACUAUGCCUGCGAUCCUCGAAACCGAUGACGUGGAAGCUGCGGUUGCGAAGGCCGUUGCGGCUGGAGCUGUAAAGGUGGAGGAGGAGGAGGAGGAUGUCUCGGAGGUUGGAGUAAAGGGGAAAGUGACGGAUCCGUUCGGUUUCACGUGGAUCUUUGUUGCUCCGGCGAAGAAGAGUGAGAAGGAAGGAAACAAAGAGGUCUAACUGUUAACCGUCGGAUCUGAUCAUUUCGUCGGUUUCUGAACGAACUUUUUAAUAUUAUUAUCCUAUGCUUUUCAUUAGUUUGUCUUUUGUGGAAUCUCCGGUAUGAGUAAACCGGGUUGAUUAGGCUAAAAUGACUUUUGUUCUUCACCACCUUUUGACAUAAACUUGGUGAAAGAAAUAACAAAAAUAUUCGGAUGUUAAUGUUUCGUUGAUUAUGCUUAUUAGUGGCUUAACUAUUUUCCAUCA